AUGGAGGCGCGGCCGGCAGGGGGAGCGAGGCGGAAGGGAGCCGCGGCCGGCCAGAAGAACGCGAAGGUGGCCAGCGUGAGUGUGCAGCUGGAGAUGAAGGCGCUGUGGGACGAGUUCAAUCAGCUGGGCACCGAGAUGAUCGUCACCAAGGCCGGCAGGCGCAUGUUCCCCACGUUUCAAGUGAAGCUCUUCGGCAUGGACCCCAUGGCCGACUACAUGCUCCUCAUGGACUUCGUUCCAGUGGACGACAAGCGCUACCGGUACGCCUUCCACAGCUCCUCCUGGCUGGUGGCCGGGAAGGCGGACCCUGCCACACCAGGCCGCGUCCACUACCACCCUGACUCGCCUGCCAAAGGUGCCCAGUGGAUGAAGCAAAUUGUGUCUUUCGACAAGCUCAAGCUGACCAACAACCUGCUGGAUGACAACGGCCAUAUUAUUCUCAACUCCAUGCACAGAUACCAGCCCCGCUUCCACGUUGUUUAUGUGGACCCACGCAAAGAUAGUGAGAAAUAUGCUGAGGAGAACUUUAAAACCUUUGUGUUUGAGGAGACUCGCUUCACUGCGGUCACUGCCUACCAGAACCACCGGAUCACGCAGCUCAAGAUCGCCAGCAACCCCUUCGCCAAAGGCUUCCGAGAUUGCGAUCCGGAGGACUGGCCCCGGAACCACCGGCCCGGCGCAUUGCCGCUUAUGAGCGCCUUUGCGCGCUCGCGGAACCCCGUGGCCUCCCCCACGCAGCCCAACGGCGCAGAGAAAGACGCGGCCGAGGCUCGACGAGAAUUCGAGCGCGACACGGGCGGACCGGCCGUGCUCGGGGACCCGGCGCACCCGCCGCAGCUGCUGGCACGGGUGCUGAGCCCCGCACUGCCCGGGGCCGGCGGCGCCGGCGGCCUCGUCCCGCUGCCCGGUGCGCCCGGAGGCCGACCCAGCCCUCCGCACCCCGAGCUGCGCCUGGAGGCGCCCGGCGCGUCGGAGCCGCUGCACCACCACCCCUACAAGUACCCGGCCGCCGCCUACGACCAUUACCUCGGGGCCAAGAGCCGGCCGGCGCCCUACCCGCUGCCCGGCCUGCGCGGCCACGGCUACCACGCGCACACGCACGCGCACCCGCACCACCACCACCCCGCCGUGAGCCCGGCGGCAGCCGCCGCCGCCGCCGCCGCUGCCGCCGCCGCCGCCGCCGCCAACAUGUACUCGUCGGCCGGGGCCCCGCCGCCCGGCUCCUACGACUACUGCCCCAGAUAAUGCGGGCGCCCGCCGGCUGCUUCCCCGCCCGGGGUCCCCGCACAGCCCCGAGGGCCGUCGGGGUCCCCGUCCACCCAGCCCCAAGGGCCGUCCAAGAACAUGUUCCUCCAGCCCCGGGGGCCAGUGCGGGUCUCCCGUUCCCCAGCCUCGAAGCCAUCGGGGUCCUCCACCGUCCAGCCCCGAGGCUGUCGAAGUAUCUGGUUCCCAGUCCCGGGAGCCACCGCGGGUCCCUCCCCAGCCCGGAGGGCCACGGGGUCCGCGCCCGCCAGUGCCAAAGCCCCCGGUCAGCGGCGGAAGGAAGUGAUAUUUAUUGUUCUCCGCGAGACCGCGUCGCCCCCUCCCACCCCCACCCCCGGCCCGGCCGGCAGUUGCAGUGUAGACGACCCGAGAGCCCGUCUGCAGGCGGUGUAGAUACGUGUAGAUAUUUGUAGAUACUGUAGAUACCGCGCCGGCGCCGACUUGAUAAAGGU